CUUCUGGCGUGGCGUGUGCGAUUGGGAUGGAGAGAAGAGAGAGGAGAGAGAGAGUGUGUGUUUGCUUUGCUCAAACAAUGCACGCACAAAUAACACCGAAGCAGUGAGAGAGAGAGAGAGAGUGCGUGAGUGGGAGUUUUCCAUCAGAGCUCUCUUUCUAUCUAUCUAUUUAUCUCUCUGCCCAAAACCUUCCAAAAUCCACACAGAACCAGAGGAGAGAGAGAGGAGAGAGAGAGAGGAGGGGAGAAGAAAGAAGAAACAGAAGAAGAAGCUCGUUCCCGCAAAGCAAUGCCUGCAACGCCCAAUAUCCGAAUGCCCCUUUCUCCUCGUCGCAGAUUUUUGACGUUUCUUUUCCGUUUCAUGCAAUAAAUACGCGAAGAAAAAGCCCUCAAAGUUGCUCAAAAUUACACCCCCACCUGUUUGCAGAGACAAGCUUUAAAGCUUUUGCUGCAGUGCUUUUCUCUUUUUGAAAAUUAGUAAAGAAAAACCGACCGGAAGCUGAAGAACGGCGGCGAAGAACAUUGAAAUGCGCACUCAAUUGCUCCGAAACCUGAAGAUCUCAAUCACAAUGCGAUUCCGUAGCUGAAAAUCCUGCAAAUUUCGCCGAGAUUUUCAAUUUUUGGGCAAUUUUUCAGAGCAAUUGCUGCUUUAGAACUUGAAUUUGGUUCAUGUUUUUGUUUAAUGUCAAACUGAAGUGAUUAUAGUGAAUGAGAUCUGUAUCUGUGAUCCAGUGAAGUGUUUACAAAAAAGCUGAAAAGUCGAGGUUUAGUGCUUUCGGAGAGGCGAAAAUGGCGUCGUGGGAUCACUUGGGAGAAAUUGCAAAUGUGGCUCAGUUGACGGGCCUAGACGCUGUGAGGUUGAUUGGACUGAUAGUCAAGGCGGCAAACACGGCGCGAAUGCACAAGAAGAAUUGCAGGCAAUUUGCACAGCAUUUGAAGCUGAUCGGGAACUUGUUGGAGCAGCUGAAGAUCUCGGAGCUUAAGAGGUAUCCGGAGACAAGGGAGCCUCUGGAGCAGCUCGAGGAAGCUCUGAGGAGGUCUUACAUUUUGGUCAAUAGCUGCCAAGACCGGAGCUAUCUGUAUUUGCUUGCAAUGGGAUGGAACAUUGUGUACCAGUUCAGAAAGGCUCAGAACGAAAUUGAUAGAUACUUGAAGCUUGUGCCUCUGAUUACUCUCGUGGACAACGCUCGAGUCAGGGAGAGAUUGGAAGACAUUGAAAUGGAUCAACGUGAAUACACGUUGGACGAUGAGGACAGAAAGGUACAGGACGUGAUCCUUAAACCAGACCCCUCAAAACAUGACACUGUAGUACUGAAGAAAACACUUUCUUGCUCCUAUCCGAACUUAGCUUUUAAUGAGGCACUCCAAAAGGAAAAUGAAAAGCUUCAACUUGAACUACAACGGUCGCAAGCUACUUAUGAUGUGGAUCAAUGUGAAGUAAUUCAGCGUUUACUGGAAGUGACAGAAACCGUAGCUGCAAAUUCUUCCCCCGAAAAAAGUAGUAAGAAAGUAGAGCGGAGUCAGUCAGAUGCCAAUAAUGAGAAAGAUCAUUCAUCUAAUGAAAGCUAUCAAAAAAGUGAAUCUCGCAAAACUUCAAGAAGCACGUCUUCGGUUUCUUCUGGACAUGAUUUGUUGUCAACUAGAGGUUCACACCGGCAUGAAGAAUGGAAUACUGAUCUACUUGGAUGUUGCUCAGAACCAUUUCUGUGUAUAAAGACAUUCUUCUAUCCUUGUGGGACGUUUUCAAAAAUUGCUUCUGUGGCAACUAACAGGCCUAUUUCUUCAGCAGAAGCAUGUAAUGAAUUGAUGGCUUAUUCGCUAGUAUUGUCAUGCUGUUGCUAUACCUGCUGCAUUAGAAGGAAACUUCGCAAGACGUUGAAUAUCUCGGGCGGCUUUAUUGAUGACUUCCUUUCACAUUUCAUGUGUUGCUGCUGUGCCCUUGUCCAAGAAUGGCGAGAAGUCGAAAUACGUGGGGUUCAUUAUGGUGCCGAGAAGACAAAAAUAAGCCCCCCAACCUCACAGUACAUGGAAACCUGAAUGAUGAGGAAAGCACCGUUCCGUCUUUUCGAGAUUCAUCUACUUCGAAAGCCAUACGCAGAGGUAAUGGCUAGUUGCUAGGUUACAGGAAGCUAAUUUUGGGAGCUUAUGCCUCAUUAAUUUUCCCAUAUGUAAAUUAGCUUUUCCUCCUUUUUUUUUUUUUAAAAAAAUUAAAUUUUCUGACUCAGCACAUUUUUAAAAAAAAAAUUAAAUUUUCUGACUCAGCACAUUCUGUAUCAUAGAUACUUUUUUGCCGUUGGAAAGUAGUGUUCUAUAUGAUGAUUGUUUUAUU